AAGCUACUAGUAGUUCCUGGCAUUGCUAGGAACAAGAAGCUACUAGGUGGAGGCCAUCACCAUUAGGUCGAGAAUCUAGUUUUGUUCACAUGAUGUCACAUGUGCGUUUAAAGGAAUACCCAGUAACUCGUGACCUUACGCAGAUGUUUGCUUGUCCCAAGUCUUUGCACAGCACUUGAGGGAAGGUGUAUGGGGACCGUGCGUGGAUCAACCUCUGAGAGCGCAGACGCAUCAUGAUGCAUCCAUGCUUUAACUCUGGGGUGCGGUAGCAUACAUCAUGUACACUUACAACUGUAACAUAGCGCAUUAGUUUUGUUAUCAGAAAGAAUAGAAUAGCAUAGCUGCCAGUUUGAAGACCACCAUUCUGAGAGCCGAUGCGUUCUUUUCAAAUUUUCUCAUCAGGACAUGUGCAAACGCUGCGUGUUUACACAGCGCUCAAUGCUAUUGUUGCGUGCUUUGCUGCUGCAAGAGGCAACAACGUUGUUUUCUCACUUAGAAUUCUUCCUACUUUAAGCGCUGGAGAAUGAAAGACAUCGUUGCCCGUGCCUGGAGAUUUGAGGUCCCCGGUCCAGCAGUGACUGUGUUUGCCAAGAUCUUGCCGCGCCGCUUGAAGGAGGACAACGCCCGAGACCUUCUGAAAUUCUUGGCCAGGCGUGCAGCGGAAGUGAUGUGGGACUGCUGCUUGUGUAUUUUUGAUCAUGGUUGAGAGUGAUCAAGCUUUCGGAAACAAAGCAUGAUCAAGUUGCAGGAGAUUCCGAUGCACAACGCUGUUGCCUUGCUCGAGGAACUUUCAAAAGCUGGUGAGCAAGAUUCUGCUUUGUGCCGACGGGUUGCUGCGAAGAUUGGAGCCCUCUUGCCAUCCGAGUACUACUUCAUCGAGCAGAAUGAUGCCGCGCUGCCUGGAAGAGCUGCUCUUGCCUUUGCAGCACAAGGCCACCGGAAUUUACUCCUUUUCCAGCACCUUGCUGAUGUGGCGUUGAAGCACCUCCAAGGUUCACAACCUGCAAUUGAUUCUGUACAGUCUGCACAGAAAGUCUUGGACAGCAUGGAGCAAUUAGACAUCGAGACUCAUGAGGCAUCGUCAUUGCGAUCUGCUUUGGAGGUUUCCUCUCGCUGUCGGAUUCCGUUUCAAUGCCGAUAUUGGGUCCCCUGCCUCACCCAAGACAACGGACAACAAGGUGGGUGGAUGCGCAAAUGACACAUUAAAAGGUAAAUCUAUUCAGGAAAACAUGUUUUCAGCCUGCUUGUACAAAGCAAGAAGACAUCAAAAUCCAAGGAUGUUUUCAAGAAUGGGCUAACGCCCUGGUCUUGCCGACCCGGUUUCUCCGCGGAGCGGAGAUCACAGACAUUGCUUGACAGGACGUUUGGACUAAACAAUUUCUCCCCCCUGAGAGCAAUGUCCUCCAACCUACUAGCGAUGGCCUCCAACCUACUAGGAUCAAUUGCCUGUGGUUGUGGUGAACGUUGAAAAGAGGGGAAGCCACGCCGCAGCGAGUGUCCUCAUCCCCCCUGAUUGCUGCCUCUAGGCGUAAAAUUUGCAUGUAUUUUAGAUUCGGAGUGCAAAUGUCAGUAUUUGAAGGGCAGAACUUAGGACCUAACAGACGACAAUGUGUUCAAAAAUUGAGAAUCGGCAUCGGAUGUGAGUUGCCAUCUUAGACCUAGCGGCUUGGGCUGCGCAGGAAGGAAGACCGCGCAAAUCGAAAUGUGCAUCGUAUAAGCUGAAGAUAGUGAGGAAUGGCAUCCAACCUAAUAGCAAUGUAAGCUGAACCAAUAGUGGAUCGGUAGCCGCUUUUCGCGACUCAAAAACAGCCGCUGCUCCACACACAUGUCCAAGACGCACCGACAAACUAUUUGCGCUGCAAAGAAAACAAUUAGGAAAGAGACCAUCGCUACUAGGGUGGAGGCUAUCACUAGUAGUGAUGUUUUGUCAUACACGUCCGUCAAGACAUGUACAUCAUGCCUGUGGCCUUGUGCGACGUGUUACGCAUAGAGACACAGACGUGGAUGGCGAUACCAAAGUGCAACAGCUUGUAUCCGCCAACCACCCUCACACAUCGCGUGGUGAGUAAACUGCUUUUGGUUUGCCCG